AUGCAAAAAACAACGACUAUUUACGGAUUAUUUAAAGAAAACCAUCCAAUGUCCGAUAGGGAAUCAGUAUUGCCCCAGGAACUCUUAUCAGUUGAAAGUUGCAACUCAUCUACUCGAAUAAGAGCAUUUUUACGUCUUUCUAGAAUCGCCACCGAUGAUACUAUUAGACAACAUUUAAAUUCGAUUAAAACUAAUAAAGAGUGUGAUGAAUACUUUCAAAAGAAGAUAGUCCCUCAAUGGAAGGCUAGGACAGAUGUCAUAGAGUUUUGUCUGAAUUAUGUCACACGAUUACGUCUUGAAACAGAACAAGAAAUUGAAAGACGGGGUCAUCCAAAUGAAAUUGCGAACACAGAUUUUAACUUAAGGCAAGAUCCAUACGCUUUAAAGAAUUAUAAACAAAAGAUUGAUGAUCAAUUUGCUCAGUGUGAUAGAAUCCAAUUAUGGGUUAAUAAUGAAUCAUCAAUUGAAUCCAUAAUUAGAGAAGAAACGGCCUACGUGUUCAAUGAUAAAUGCUAUUUUAAGGAUUGGUAUCGAGCCUACCUUGAUAGUGCAAGAAAAUAA